UAAUUUUUUAAAAACGUUCACAAAAUUUUGAACAUCAAAUUAAAUAUUGUUGCUAAGAGUUUACUUCUCAUUAAUCCACCUCAGUCACCACAUGCACCCUUUAAUACCAAUCCAAGUAGACUCUUUCUCCCUCACACUCUCUCUCUCUCUCUCUAAAACCUAUUUCAUCUUGGAGUAAGACAGAAACAAAGAGAGAGAGCAAGCGAUGACGACAGGCAAAAGCAAGAAGAAGAAGAUGGUCCUUAAGGCAGUCUCUGUCGUAGACAUCGGCUGUGGCAACUGUAAGUUCCCAAGCUUGUCUUCUUUUUUCAACCCUACCCCAAAAAAGCCCCGCCUCUACUCCUCUAAUUACGGCCACUGCCACUCCUCCACCCCCACCACGGCCUCCUCCUCCUCCGCCGUUCCCUCCACCUCCCACUGGUUCUCUGACACCUCUUCCUCCUCCGCAACACCUUCCACCGCCGCUGUCGCCGUCGAGAAAGAUUCCGACGACCCUUACCUUGAUUUCCGACAGUCUAUGCUUCAGAUGAUUCUCGAGAACGAGAUUUACUCCAAAAACGAUCUUAGAGAGCUUCUCCACUGUUUCCUAUCCCUUAACGAGCCCUACCACCACGGCAUCAUCAUCCGCGCUUUCUCCGAAAUCUGGGACGGAGUUUUCUCCGCCGCCGUCAAACACCGUGGCGACGUCCAAGAGUCCCCACUCGUCCACCGCAUGGCUCACGUGCCUCGCACCGUAACCACUACCACCGAUCGAAUUGUAUUCGGCCAAAAUCGAAAAGAAUAG